AUGGCAGCAGAGUGUAGAGGGCUGCCUCUUGCGUUAAUUGUGGUAGGACUUGCUAUGGCUGGUGUGAAAGAUGUUAAAGUAUGGGAGUGCUCAAAAAAUAAGUUGACAAGUUCUACAUGGACCACUACAGAUUUGGAGACAAAAGUUUUUUCCAUCCUUAAGUUGAGCUAUGAUCAGUUGCCGAAUGAUACUCAUAGAAACUGUUUCUUGUAUUGUGCAUUAUAUCCAGAAGACUAUGAGAUUCGGGUCACUGAUGUCAUUGAUAAAUGGAUAGGGGAGGGGUUUAUGUGUAGAGAUAUGACAAAAAGCAUACAAGACAUUCGUAAUGAUGGUCAAUCUGUGAUUGCAAAGUUGAAGCUUUGUUGCUUGUUGGAGAGUAUUGAAGAUGAUGUUGUUUUAAGUCGUUCAUUUAAGAUGCAUGAUAUGAUUCGAGAGAUGGCAUUGUGGUUAUCUUGUGACCAAAAUAAAAGAAUUAAAAGGGUUCUUGUACAAGAAGAUGUGAUAACAACAUCCCGUGAUGAUGUUGAAAAACAGAAAAUUGUUGAGAGGGUUUCAAUUAUGAAUAGGAAAGUACAGCAUGUACCACCUGUAACUUAUCCCAAUUUAGUAACAUUAUUGUUGAGGCAUUGUGGUAUACAACAUUUGCAAAACCUCAAAUGCAUGAGCAAAUUAAAGGUGUUGGAACUACAGUGUCAUGAUACAUGUGAACUUGGAGAAAUUGGUGAGUUGGUUCUAUUGGAAUAUCUUUGUUUAAGCAUAGAUGGAUCUAAGUGUCCCAAGGAGUUGAAGAAUUUGAAGAAUUUGAAGGUAUUCAAUUUGUACUUGAGUGAUAGUAAUAUUGCAAGCAUUCCAUCGGGAGUGAUAUCAAGUCUUCAGCAAUUAAGAGUGUUGAGAGUUCAUUGCAACAGGGGAGUUGGAGAAAAUAGCCAAGCAGAGGAAGAAUUCCUGGAGGAGGUGGAAUCUUUGCCAAAAAUUGAGGAAAUAAAUGUUGACAUGGAAACAGAAAAAGGCCUCACCAAGUUACUUCAGUCAGACAAAUUGCAAGAACGUAUAUAUGCUCUUCGCCUCUCUGAUUUGGACACCAUUGAGAUGCCUUCAUUAUUGGCAUGCAUUUCAAAAAUGAAUCACCUCCAACAAUUGGGUCUGAUUGAAUUAUCUGGUUUGAAAGAUUAUUCUGGUAUUUCUGAUGACACUUGUUGUCUAAGCAUGCUUCAAAGCGUGUGUAUCUUUGAUUGCCAUUCCUUAACGCAUGUCACAUGGCUCAAGCAUGCUCCACUGCUUCAACUACUUAUCGUUGUCGACUGCUCAUCAGUGGAGGAAGUGAUAAAGGAAGAUGAGAAUGAGGAUUCUUCUUGUGUAUUCUCUUCUCUGGUAAACCUAUAUCUGGGUGGAAUGCCAAAGCUUCAGAGCAUCCAUAAGACCGCCUUGUCUUUUCCUUCCCUAAAAACCAUCAAUUGGUUUACUGCUAUGGGAUUGGAUUUCCUCAUUGGUUCGAUUAAAAACUCCGACCAACAUUUGAAGGGGGAUUUUGGCUUGGGAUUUCAGAUUUGGGGGAAGGGAAAGAGAACGACUGAAGAUUCGGGCGAGGCAAAGACGUUGCCUCCACCUGAUUCUCUCCUCCAUGUAACAGCUGGUUACCACGUGUCUAACUCAUUUCAUUCGGUGUCCAGAGAAAAGAGAGAUAGAGAGCGCGAGCGAGAGAGAGAGGAAGCACGAGAGGAAGAAGUCGGCGACGGAGAAGAGGCUGAGUUGAAUCUGGUGAUCGGAGGUGGUAUCCAGUGCAUGCAAACCGAUCAAACAUUCCAGAUUCGCAUUGUCCAGGAAGGUGUUGGUAAAUUCGGCAAUUUGAUCGGUUUAGUUUUAGUGUAUUAUCCUGACAGUAUUGCUACGUAUGUUGAAUGGAGUGCGAAUAUGAUGGAAGAAGAUGCAAAGCGGAGGUUGAAUAAUGCAGAACUUCAGGCAAAGAGCAGGUGGCUUUUACUGGGAAGCAUGGAACUAGGAUAG